UUUAUCAUUGGUUUCAUGGUGCAUUUGUCCAGAAAUUCUUCCUCAAGGUGCCCGUGAAGAAGGUGACAUAUUGGGGACCCAUUACCCAUUGCUGUUCCUAUGGUUUGGACAAAGUGUUUGUUGCAGAAUGUGAAAUUGUUAUGGAUGAGGAUGAAAUGGAUGAGUUUGGCGAUGUGUUUGGGGUGGAUACCUGAGUGUUGUCUAUUGCUUUGUAGAUAUUUUAGGAAGGCAGCCAUGCCGUCAUUAUGAGGGAUGUUGGUGAUAGGGAGGUGGCAUCCAUGGUGGUAAGGAUGGUGUUCUGAAGGAGGCUGUUAAUGUUGCAGAGGAAGUUGUUCUGGAGGAAGUUGGUUGUGUCCUGGAGGAAGUUGGCCCUUUGUGUGGCGAGUGCUUUGAGGACGGUUUCUAUGAGCCCUGAUGUUCCUUCAGUAAGAGUACAAUGGCCAGAUAUGAUGGACCUGCCUGGGCUCCCUUGGGAGGCAUGUAGAAGGUCCCUGGGGUGGUCUCAUGGGGGGUGAGAUUGUAUAGUUUCUCUUGGAGUUGUUUGGGGAAGGAUUUGAUGACAUCCUCUAAGUAUCUGGUGAAUUGUGGUGUGGAGUCUUCUUUGAGUUUCUUAUAGUAGGUGGUGUCGGAGAGUGUCGAUUGGCCUCACUGACAUAGUCAUCAUGGUCAAGAACUACGAUAGCACCCCCUUUGUCUGCUGGUUUGAUUGUUUUCUGGUGGCUGGAUUUCAGGGACUGUGUUGCUGUCCUCUCAGCGGUAGAGGGAUUGUGGUGGUUGUGAUUUGUGUUAAGGAUUUCACAGCCAAUCAAUGUAACAAUCAAGUGUGUGGUUUUGUCCACUGUGCGGUGUCCAGUCAGAUGAUUCUUUUUUUCCUAUUUGCAUCCGACGAAGUGGAUAUUCACCCACGAAAGCUCAUGCUCCAAAACGUCUGUUAGUCUAUAAGGUGCCACAGGAUUCUUUGCUGCUUUUUUUCCUAUGAUUGUCAGUGGGAACACGGUAGUUGUCAGUGGUGUUGUCGUUGUGAAGGAAUUCUUGGAGGCGGAGGUAGAAAAAGAUUUCUUCUAGCUCUGCACAUGUUCGUAUGGUAUCAGGUUCUGUGAUGGGGCAGACGUUCAGUCCCUUGCAGAGGACAGAGAAUUCAGCUCUGAUUAGGGGUAGUCCUGAUAAACUCAUGAUGUUGGUGUGUCAUGGAGUGCCAUGGAGUUUCCCGGGGUGGUUUUGUGUGAGUUGUGAAGUUUGUUAUAGUUGGUUCCACUUGUUGGUGUUGUGUUGUUGUGUUGGAUGGCUGUUGUCAGGUUUUUUGUCUGGAUUGUGCAGUUGGCUUAAAGUGACAAUUCCCCAGUCGUGCCACCAGAUGGUGCUAAAAAGCUAAAAAUGCACAUUACUGUGCCAAAGUCCUCAGAUAAGGUGACUCUAAGCAGAGCUUGAUCCCUGCCACGAGCCAAGGGGGAGGGUGGCACAGCCCCAGAAGCCAGGGGCUUGGACAGGUGAGGCUGUGUCCAUUCUAGCCUGAAAGAUGGCGGCGGCGUCAGUCGGUAGCGUGUGGGGCGGUAGCUUUGCUGAGCUAUGUGAUCCCAGGGAGGUGGUUGCUGUCAGGUUCAAAUACAGGGUCAGGCUGGUGGGGAGAUGCACUUGGCUAAGAGGCUGUUGCAAUACACUAGCGAGGUGCCUGGGACCCUGUCCCCCUCUUGCAGCUGAGUCCAGUGACUAUACGUCCUGCUACAGACUCCCAGCUAAUGGAGUUACUCUCCUAGGCCAAGUGGUAGCAGCCUGUGAUCUGGCUGGUGUCUGUGCCUGGGUUAGUUACGCUGUGUAUGGACUAUGAACACACCCUGGGGAGCAGACUCCUCCCCGCCAGGAGGCAGAUGGAAUCUAUUCCUUGUUUCUCUUGGGGGAAUUCCUGGGUCCUUGGAGCCAAAAGCAGUUCCCCUCUGCCCCCUUCUGCGCUCCCUUGAUUCAGAUGGGUGGCUGCAGCAUUGAGGGAACACCGGCCAGCCUCCAUGAAUGCCACCCCUAAAGCAGCCAGGCAGAUUGUUGCUGAGCAAACUGCUGUCGUUCCCCUUGCUUGCCAGGGGCUGAGGGCUCCGUCCAUGCAGCAUCACUGCCAGGAGCAAAGGAGUUGAGGCUGGGCUUUCCAGGCAGGGUAGCAGCAUGCUAGCUGUAGGGUCAGCAGGCUGGCCUGCUUUCAAAGCCAAGUGAAACUUACUAAUAAGCUCCAUGUGAGAUCUCAAUCCUGGGAUGCAUCAGACCCAUGAAACUGUCUGUUUCUGGGCUCAGGAAAUACCAUCUGGCCCUCUUCCAACCCUCCGGGCUGGCUGUGCCUCUCUAAUCUGUUAGCAUCAACUGAUAAUUUUUCCUGCAUUAACUGCAUAUUGCAUUAAUGGCGAAUUAGUCACAGCGAGAGAGAUUAGGAGUUGUAAUUAGUGCUAAAAAAGGUGUAUCAGCCUGCUCUGUAGAUUCACAAUCCUGCGCCUUCAGCCUUGGGCUGUUUGUGGCUGCUGCAGAAUUGCCCCUUUCUGCUGUGGGGAGCAGGGAUGGCUGGCCUCAUUCUCAACGAGGCUGAGUGCCCAGAGGAGCCACUGAUUUCAGUGGGAGACACAGGUGCUCAGCACAUCUGAAAAUCCGGCCGCUUGUUAGUUCCCACUGAUGGAAAGAAGACCCAGGGGAGGGGACGCUGCAUGGCCGGAACAUCAGAGGCCCAGUUCUCUUCACAACCCCAGAGGAUACUGGAAACGCCUUGCGACUCCACUUUUCCUGGACGAUGCCAAAGUGAAGAACUUCAUCACCUGCUUUAAAGAUAAGCAGUUCCUCACCUUCUUCUUCAAACAACUGCAGCUGAACCGGAGUGGACGCUAUCAGGACGCCUUCCCCUACCUCUCCCCGUGCGGCCGAGAGCACAACUUCGUGCGCUGUGACGACCGCCCCAUUGUCUUCACCCACCUGCUGUGGGGCCAGGCGGGUGAGGAGCUGCUCUCCUACUGCGGCGGCGGAGACAGUCUGGUGGUCAGCUUUGAGCCGGAGAAGCUGGUGAUGUUCCCCGAGAACGGGCGGGUCUAUCACCCGGCCCCGCAGAAAGCCGGCGGCGUGGGGCUGGUGAAAUCAGCCCUGGCCUUCGAGCUGAGCCCCUGCUUUGAGUACAGCCAGGGCGCCAGCGGGCCCCCCACCCACUUCCGCUGGCAGGGCAAGCGCUACACCCUCACCAAUGAGCUGGUGCAGCUGAUCCGCUUGAACAGCAGCGCCUGAGCUGGGGACAGAGCAAGGACUGGCCCAUAUGCAGCUACGCUGGCUGCUUUGCAACAGCCUGAGGACAGCACCUCCCUGGCACUCACUGGAGCAGAUCUCUGCAGCCCACCCCCUGGCUGCCCCACCAUAUGUAUGUCACUUGGGCCAAGCAGCCCUGGGGUUGGCUGCUUGAAGGGCCUCCAUGGGCCUCUUCUCCAGCGGGGAUGGGACUGCCCUCGAACCCCAGGGGCUGCACGUAAGGCUCUCGAUUGGGCUAGGCGACCAUGAGCUCCGACAGCCACCUCUUGUGGGACCCGAAGGGAAGCGACAAUGCAGUGGCUCUUGUCCCCUCUGGUCCAAGCAGAUGGUCAAGCCAGAGGUGAACGGAACCUCUGAUUUGCUGUCGCACGAGGAGCUGGGCUGGGAUUCUGUCCCUGGAGAGCAGAGCGGGGUGGGGCAGACCCAGAAUCCAUGUUCCUUCACCUGUGGCCCUACAAACCCCACAGCCCAGGGCCCCUCUCCUCCCUCACCCCUCCCCGUUUUAAGGAUCUGCAGAUUCUGUGUGAGCCCAGGGCCUGCUGCAUUGCUUGGUGUGUGGUCACUGUGUCUGCCCUUCCCUAGAGCAGAGAGCGGUGAGUGCUGUGGGGAAAGACCCUGCUGCUCUGCCCGCUCCCCCGCACCGAGCCAAGAACAAAUCUGCCCUAUCCAUAGCAGGAGAGGCAAUGAGAGGCUGCUGGGAGUGGAAGGACAGACUCAGUGCCCCGAGCCAAGUGCCCGCACCCCAUUGCUGUGCUCGUCGGCUCCUCGCCAUGGGGCCCGUGGUACUUCGUGCUGGUAGCGAUCCCCGCCUAGGCAGGCUCCGCUGAGCUCCUGGGUGGCUGAGUGGGAUGGCUCGUGGGAGCCCAGUGGCGCUUGCAGGGAGGCCCCGGCGUGAUUAUCUCUGGCGUGCGCUGAACUGGGAUUAGUCUGGGGAACCAGGAGCUUAAGCUGCUGUAAUAACGGUGUUUAAAAAGCUCUCUGCCGUUUCAUAACCACGUGCUGCUGAUAACCCACUUUCGGAGAGGGGCCUCAGUUGGUGCCUGAAGGAUGGAGAAUCUUUAGCCAGGGCCGCCCAGAGCCCCAGGCUCCACGCAGCGAGAUGGGCAGGGUCUCCCCUGGGAAGGGGUUAACCUGCCCCCUCGGGAUCAGCACCCCAAGCCCACUGUGGUAACUCCUGGGCUUCACUCGACCCCAUGGCCUGUGGAUCCCCCUCCCCCGCCUCUGGGUGCCAGGCUGCAGACUUGGGCCUCCCCUUGGGGCUGGCGGGGAUUGCGAUGUCCCUUGUCACCCUCUGCUGGCUUCCGCCCCAGCCCCUAGCACUGCCUGUAAAUGAGAGACUGUUCGUGUCUGUCCAGCCAUGUUGAUGGGAGGGCUCGAUGCACUGCCCCCAGGGCUGCCAACCCAGCCACCUCCAAGCUGCUAAAUAAAUGCUGGGUCGGUCCCACCCAGGUGUCUUUUAAUGGGCCUGAUCCUGCCCCCUCCUGCAAGGUGGCAAAAGUCCCAUCAGCCUUUGGGGUUUUGCUGAUCUCUGGCCCAGGACGUUUCCUGUUUGGGGGCUCGGGAUCCCAGCACACUGCCCGCGUGCCACUCACACUGCAGAUCCAGGCUGCCUUACGCGUGUGAUCGACACCAGCAGGCCAAGGCCUCGUGCCAGCCCACCCCAGGGGUUUGAAACCACCCUCUGCUGCCCCAGCACAGAGCACGGUCGGGUUCCCUGCCAAAACCAAUCGCUGCGCGAGCUUGCUGAGCUGCUCAAACCUCCUCUUAAAAGGCUUUUUUCCCAAGGACUUAAAGCUCCUUGACAGCUUUCGAGCGGGACCUUAACCUUAGCCAGGAUGCAGUGCCUCCAGCAUCUGUUAGCAGCAGCCAGCCCAGCAAGCCUCAGAGCCUAUUUUUAGCCAGGCCAAAGCUUGGCAGCAGUGCGGCGUCAGAGGGGCAUUGCCCGGAGUUAGCACAAUUGGGGUGGGAAGCACCAGGCCAGCAGACUGGGAUCUGUGAGCCCAAGGGGCGUGUGCUCCUUUCCAUGGGCUCGCACGAGCUUCAUUGCCCCCUUGGCUGCUGGCUCGAUGCAGGAGUCAGGCUGCCGGGUUCUCUGCUGUGGGAAUGGAUGAGUUGCCUCGCCUGGAAUUUUCACUCUGAUUGUAGGUGCCUCUGCUUUUGGUAUCCAGGUUGAGACCCCUCCAGCUGCUACUUCAGAGGGGCUGAGCACAGUGGAUAGGGUGGGUGUUCAGCACCUUUAAAAUGCCUCACGCUGGGCACCCAGCACCCGAGGCCCUUUGCUGCCUGCGCCUCCGUUUGCGCAGUUGUGAAAUUGGGCCAGUGUUGUCACCCUUUGUGAGAGGCCCCAAGAUCUCUUUGUGCAAAGCCCCAUCUGAGCCAUUGGGCCGUGUCACUGCUCCAGUGAACGCUGUCCGCUGGGGGACUAGGCCCUCGGCACCAGGCCGGCAGCAGUCAAGUGGUUAAUGAGUCACGUAUGUUCCCCUCUGGAACAGGCCGCUCGCCGAGUGGGUGGAUGCACUCAGCCUUCGGCAAAGUCUGUCCCUUGGUUAUGAUUCCUCUGAAUGGAGAAGCCCAAGUGAAGAGAGGCCAGAGUGGGGGAGGUCACCCAGCAGAGUGAGUGGGGAGACGCCAACCGGGCUGCAUUGGUGUGAACCGCGCAAGUCGGUCCCAGCGCCCCCUUCCCGAGUGGGGCGGGAUAAACUGGAGUAUUGCACUUGAUUGCUGUGCACUGGAUGUGCUGCAAACAGCUGCUCCGCUCGGCUGCCACUUUCUGACGCUCGCACACACGCGCACACACCCAUGCACACAGCUGGGGGCUCGGAUUGGAACAGUUUGGUGUUUUUUCUGUGACAACCACUCAGUAAAUAAAUGAUUGGCAG